CCGUCGACCUAAAUAGCAUCUUCACUAUUUCUAACUGUUCUCUUCGCCAUGUCCAGCCAUCACGAGAAGCUUCACAUAGUACUGUUCCCAUGGCUGGCCUUCGGCCACCUCACCCCCAACCUUGACCUUGCUAAGCUCAUAGCUCAAAAGGGUCACUUCGUCACCUUCAUAUCCACCCCAAGAAACAUCCUUCGUCUUCCCAAACUGUCCCCAGAUUUGUCCGCUAAUAUCAAUUUUCUCGAACUUCCACUUCCUCCAGUCGACAAUCUCCCAGAAGACGCAGAAGCCACCACUGAUGUCCCCUACAACGUAGUUCAAUACCUUAAAUUAGCCUGCGACGCUUUGCAACAACCGUUGACUCGCUUCCUUGAAUCAUCCACACCCGAUUGGAUAUUCUACGAUUUCGUUCCUUACUGGGUUGGAUCCAUCGCUUCCAAGAUCGGCAUCAAAAGCGCGUACUUCAGUAUAUUUAAUGCAGCGUGCCUUGGUUUCCUCGGACCAGCUCCGGCUUUGAUGGGUCAAGACUUGAUCCGGACGAAGCCCGAAGACUACAUCGUCAAGCCCUCCUGGGUUCCAUUUCCUUCCACCGUGGCAUGGCGUUACUUUGAGAUCAUGAAAAUCUCAGAUGGUAUCACCGACAACGACUCCGGCGUUUCAGAUAUGUAUCGGUUCGGUGCAAGUGUUGCAAACUGCGAUAUCGUGGUCAUUCGGAGCUGUUCGGAAUUUGAACCCGAGUGGCUUCAACUACUUGAAGAAAUCCACCGGAAACCGAUUUUCCCUGUCGGUCAACUUCCCAACACCAACCAGAAAAGCGAGGCCGACGACGACAACGAAAUGUGGCGGCGGAUCAAAGGCUGGUUGGACGCAAAACAAAAAGGCACGGUGGUGUACGUGGCAUUCGGGAGUGAGGCGAAACCGAGUCAAGAAGAGGUGAAUGAGAUAGCACUUGGGCUAGAGAAGUCGGAGCUGCCAUUUUUCUGGGUUCUGAGAAUCCGGAGGGGACUCACUGACCCGGAGGUUUUGACGUUACCAGAAGGGUUCGAAGAGCGAACGAAAGAUCGCGGGCUGGUUUGCACCGGUUGGGCUCCACAGCUGAAGAUCUUGAGUCAUGAUUCGGUGGGGGGGUUCUUGACUCAUUCGGGUUGGACGUCGGUUGUGGAGGCUGUUCAGGAGGAGAAACCGCUUGUGCUUUUAACGUUCUUAGCAGAUCAAGGGUUAAAUGCGAGGCUUCUGGAGGAGAAGAAAAUGGCAUAUUCGAUUCCAAGGGACGAGCGCGACGGCUCGUUCACCAGUGAAUCGUUGGCUAACUCGUUGAGGCUUGUGAUACUGGAGCCCAAGGGAAGGGCCUAUCGAGAAAAAAUAAAAGAGAUGAAGGACUUGUUUGUAAACAAAGAAAGGCAGGAUCAGUACCUACAUACUUUAUUAGAUUAUCUCAAAGAUCACAGGAACCGAUGAGGGAGACCGCUUCUUGUUAGAGAAUAAUGCUGGAGAGUUUUACUGUACUGUGCAUGAUAAUUUGCUUCAUGGAUUCAAUAAUGUUGAAAAUUAAAUUAAUCAAGAUUGUGAUUGCUUUUCAUAUCAUCUUAAUU